UCUCUUCACUCAGACGGCAAAUAAAGACCUACUUCAGCACAGGUCUGGUUUUGCUAAACUUGUCGACGACGAUGACCAUGGACACGGUCGACGCAGGGAUGGGGAAGACGGUGAUGUGUCUCUUAACAGACCCAGAAGGAACUAAUUUGGGUUCUGCCAUGUAUAUUCCUCAAAAUGCUGGUCCUUUGCAACUUACUCAGCUCGUCAAUAAGUUCCUUGACAACGAGGAGAUGUUACCUUACAGUUUCUAUGUAUCAGACGAAGAGCUCCUUGUACCUGUCGGAACUUACUUGGAGAAAAACAAAGUGUCUGUGGAGAAGGUUUUGACUAUUGUUUAUCAACAACAAGCUGUUUUUCGAAUCCGCCCAGUUAAUCGUUGCUCACAGACAAUUGCUGGUCACGAGGAAGCUGUGCUUUGUGUUUCAUUUAGUCCUGACGGUAAGCAAUUAGCAAGUGGUUCAGGUGACACCACUGUCAGGCUUUGGGAUCUCUACACUGAAACUCCAUUGUUUACUUGCAAAGGGCACAAGAAUUGGGUUCUCACAGUUGCCUGGUCUCCGGAUGCUAAGCAUCUUGUGAGUGGUAGUAAAUCCGGCGAAAUCUGUUGUUGGAAUCCAAAGAAAGGAGAACUAGAAGGCAGCCCACUUACAGGUCACAAGAAAUGGAUUACUGGUAUCUCGUGGGAACCAGUCCACCUUAGUUCUCCAUGCCGUCGAUUUGUAACUUCUAGUAAAGAUGGGGAUGCAAGGAUUUGGGAUAUUACACUGAAAAAAUCUAUAAUUUGUCUCAGUGGACACACGCUUGCUGUGACUUGUGUCAAGUGGGGCGGAGAUGGAAUUAUAUAUACAGGUUCCCAAGAUUGCACGAUUAAGAUGUGGGAGACUACUCAGGGGAAGCUUAUUCGUGAGUUGAAGGGGCAUGGGCAUUGGAUUAACUCCCUUGCAUUGAGCACAGAAUAUGUUCUUCGAACAGGAGCUUUUGACCACACUGGACGACAGUAUCCUCCAAAUGAAGAAAAGCAAAAGGCACUCGAAAGAUACAACAAAGCAAAAGGGGAUGCCCCUGAGAGAUUAGUGUCCGGUUCUGAUGAUUUCACAAUGUUCCUUUGGGAACCAUCUGUUAGCAAACAAUCUAAAAAGCGUUUGACAGGGCAUCAACAGCUUGUAAAUCAUGUCUAUUUCUCACCUGACGGAAAAUGGAUUGCAAGUGCAUCGUUCGAUAAAUCAGUUAGGCUAUGGAAUGGUGUUACAGGACAAUUCGUUACAACUUUCCGGGGACAUGUUGGACCUGUUUAUCAGAUCAGUUGGUCCGCAGACAGUAGGCUGCUUUUGAGUGGCAGUAAAGACUCUACUCUCAAGAUAUGGGAAAUUAGGACGAAAAGUUUAAAACAAGAUCUUCCUGGCCAUGCCGAUGAGGUUUUUGCUGUGGAUUGGAGUCCAGACGGUGAGAAAGUAGUUUCUGGUGGUAAAGAUAGAGUUUUGAAGCUAUGGAAGGGUUAAAAUACAAGAACAUCAUGGAGCUUUUUGUUUUACACAUAUUUAACUCUUUCAACUUGUUUGGUUUCUGCACUUCAAUGCUUAUCUAUUGGCUUUUUGAUCUUAUGCUUGGUAAAAAAAAAAAACUCACUUUUUCUUCCCUCAAGUUGUUACUGUUAUGAAGGUUAACAUCAAAGCCUUUAUUACAUAA